AUGACAUCCAAGACCCCUGAUCUUUCUUCAACGAAAACUAAUCUUGAACUGAUUAAACAACAAAAAGUUUCAGUUCAAGAUAUUUUUUUUUAUAUUCCAAAUUUGAUUGGAUAUUUAAGAAUAAUAACUGCCAUUAUAUCAUUUUUAUGUAUGGCUAAUCAUCCUGUGGCCACAUUGAUUUUUUAUGGGAUUUCAGGGUUUUUAGAUGCAUUUGAUGGAUAUGCUGCUAGAAAAUUCAAUCAAGGUACUAGAUUUGGUGCUGUAUUAGAUAUGGUAACUGAUCGAUGUGCUACUAGUUCUUUAAUUGUAUAUCUUGGAGUGUUAUAUCCUCAAUAUACUGUGAUUUGGCAAAUACUAGUCAGUUUAGAUUUAUCAUCUCAUUAUAUGCAUAUGUAUGCUAUGUUAUCAGCUGGUUCCACAUCUCAUAAAAAUGUUGAUGAAACUCAAUCAAAAUUAUUAUCAUUAUAUUAUAAUAAUCGAUUAGUAUUGUUUUUCGUUUGUCUUGUCAAUGAAUUAUUUUAUAUGGCAGUUUAUUUACAUUAUUAUAAAUUUUUUUGGUUAGGUACAGUUAUGCUAGUGGCAAGUACACCAAUUUGGUUAUUUAAACAAAUUGCCAAUAUUAUACAAUUGAAAAAUGCAUCAUUAAUAUUGGCAAGAAUGGAUGCUCAUGAUCAUAGUAAAAGAGAUUAG